CUAGGGGGCGCCCCGCUCUCAGCCUAUGAAGCUAGCUGUGCACCCGGAAGACGUGUAGCCCCAGUCCCCGUUUUGAAUCUGUAGUUCAGCUAAAUGCUAACCUGUUACUUGCAGCGAAAUACCGUUUGAAGUUGAAUAGCAGUUAGUUUGAAGUAAACAAAUAAGAUGUUGGCUACAUAUCAAGGCUUCAGUGCUUCGUGAACCGCGUAGCAGCUGUGAAGUAAUGUCAACGUAUCACGACUUUGUUCGUUUACUAUGAGCUCCCUAUCAGCCCAGGCCCCAGCAUCCAGCUCAUCAUGCAGGACACUACCCGGAGAGGGAAAUCAGGUACAGCCAAAGGCCCCUCUCCUGCAGAUUCUGCGUGUUGCCGGAGCCCAGGAAGAAGUCUUCACCCUUAAAGAGGUAAUGCACUACUUGGGUCAGUACAUCAUGGGGAAGCAACUGUAUGACAAACAGAGGCAGCACAUAGUCCACUGUCAGGAUGACCCUUUGGGAGAGCUGCUGGAGGUGGAGAGUUUCUCUGUUAAAAACCCAAGCCCGGUGUAUGAAAUGCUCAAGAAAUACUUAGUUGUGUUGGGUUGUUCUGACGCUGCAGAGAAUCUUUCUGUGGGCCGUGAAUGUGUAGAGGGCGGAGUGGAGGAUCGUGGUCAGAUGUGCGGAGGUGUGGUUAAAGCAGGUCUGGAGGCUGGCAAUCUCGGGCCUCACCUGCAGACCCCCUCCCAGAGACGACCUCGGGAGCCAGAUGAUGACUCCCUUGAAGGCCUGCCACGGUCAGCCUGCAAACGGCCCAAACUGGAUGUCACUCUGGACGAGUGGGAUCUCUCUGGCCUGCCCUGGUGGUUCCUGGGUAACCUCCGUAGUAAUUACAGCCGUAGGAGUAAUGGCUCCACGGACAUUCACACUAACCAACUGUCUCCUGCACAGGAGGAGGACACAGCCAUCGUGUCAGACACCACCGAUGACCUCUGGUUUCUGACGGAGGGCGAGAGUGAACAAGUGAGCGUGGAGAUGAAAGAAGCUGCUCUGGAGGAAGGGAGCGGAGGAGAGGGGGAGGCUCCACCUUAUGAUGAUGAUGGGGGAGGGAAGGAGGAGAAAGCAGAUCGAGAGAUGCAGGAGGAGCCUGAUGAAGACUCACAGUGUCUGAGUGAUGACACAGAUAUAGAGAUCUCUACACAGGACGCGUGGCAGUGCACAGAGUGCAGGAAAUAUAACACACCACUGCAGAAGUACUGUGUUCGCUGCUGGGCCCUACGUAAGAACUGGUAUAAAGAUGUCCCCCGACUUGCCCACUCCCUUUCUGUCCCUGACAUCCCAGCAUGCAGCUCUCUCACCACCCACGACGAGGAAGAUGACAGUGACACAGGCAUCGAUGUUCCAGACUGCAGCAGGACAGUGUCUGACCCCGUCAUCCUGCCCUCCCACUCCACAGCUGAUCGACCUCUACCCACCAUGCUCACAGGAAAAGGCAAAGGGCCAUGGCCCUCCAACUUCCUGAAGGACGACCAGCUGUCAGGAGGAGAGAGUCAAGAGAACCUGGGCAUGGAGGUUGAAGAAGUGAGACCAGAGGCGCUCUUAGAGCCUUGUAAGCUCUGUCGAGUGCGUCCACGCAAUGGAAAUAUAAUCCACGGACGUACAGCUCACCUGCUAACCUGUUUUCAAUGUGCAAGAAGGCUGCACAAGUUCCAGGCUCCCUGUCCAGGAUGUGGAAAGAUUAUUCAAAAAGUUAUUAAGAUAUUCAUCCUCUAAAAAAAGCACAUGCACAUCUAUCAGGCUCGUAGGACUAAAACAAGAAAAUAUGCAACCUACGAUUUCAAACCCACUCAGAUUUACAGCUGCAUCGACUCUGGUACACACUCUCUGCUGGUAGAAACACACAUCAAACACGCACCUUAGCCCCACUAACUUCCAGAAAUACACACAAAGUAUAGCACUUGGUGACGCUUGCUUUUUGGUUGCAUGUUGUAUUUUGCAUCGCACUGCCUCUGAAGUAUUUUUAGAAGAAACAGGAGAGCUGGUUAUUACCAACUGUUUGUUUUGGUGCCACAUAUGAGGGACAUACAAAUGCAGAAGUAUUUAUUUAUUUAUUAAAGGAACAUGCAGUAGCUCACAGGUUUCAUGAAGGCUUGAUUUUUUUUAUUUUGUCAGGCUGUGACAUUCAGUGGUCUCUGCUGUGACUUUUUCUUUGAAUGGUGCCAUUUCAAGUACUUGCAUUGCUUGCCUUACUUCUGUUAGUUUUGUUUUCCUUCUCCCUAGAUUCACUUCAGUUAUCAGCAUCUGGACAAAAAUGGAAAUGAGUGGGCAUGUAAGUGUGAGAUCAUUCCUCAAGCAUCUCUUAGGUCCUCUUUUUUUUUUUAUCCCUUUUAUAGAAGUUCCGCUUUGAGGUAUGAAGACAAAAAUUGAAGGAAGGAAAGUUAAAAAAAAAAAGUCUUUCUUUGUAAACAAUUGCAGCUCCAUGGAAGAAUCUUCUAAAAAAAGUUUCUGUUAAAAAUGUGUUCUCAGCAUUAGUGAAUGUACUUUAAAAAAACAAACAUGGUGACUUAAGUCCUGUUUCUCUUAACCUAAUCUUUUAAAAUGUCCAAUUGAAUAUAGCCUGCUUGAAAAUGCAAAGCUGAAGUAUUUACUGUAAGUUUCUCUUGGAGCAGGGAUUUGACUCUAACAUGUUCAAUUAUUACAGUUCGAAGCAUAUAAUAAUUAAGAGUUCUGCCUGCAGUAAGUUAUGUAAAACAGUAUAUUAGGAUAAUGUUUGUUUUCAUCAGAUGUGGUCCUCAAACUUCUUCCUCAACUAAUGACAAGUUUCUGUAUAUUUAGUGUUUUAAUUUAUUACUGAAUGUGUAAAUCAUUAAGAUGAUCACCUUUAAGAGGCUGUAUUUGUUACAGAGCCUACAUGUUUAAUUUUCUUCUUGCCUUGUUUUAUUAAGAGAUAAAAAAAAGUCUAUAAGAAAAUAGGCUAAGUUACCAAAUGUACCUUCAGUGAAAAUGAAUGCAUACUACUUAUUUGGAGUUGGGAGUUUGUUUUAAGCGUUACACUGCCAUGUAAUGACCCUUAAUUUUAAUUUGUAUACCACACGUUUAUUUUGAUGGUUUUGCUUUAUUUGUAAAUUGUAUCGCUGGACCAUGUAAAUACUAUUUACUCUGAGUGUGUGAGAUGACUACAAGUUCAGUAUGCUCCACGGUGCUGUCAAGGAAGAUAUUCAGUGACAGUUAGCAUUUAACUAUUGGCUCUACUUAGCAUAGAGGGAAUAUCCAAGUUCUGUGAUCUGCUCUUUAACUUGCGCUUAAUCUUUCCUGCCAGCAGAUGGUGAGAAGUCUCAAUAUUGUAUCUGGUGCCCACAGAGUAUGUACAGUACCAGUAAUAAAGUGUAAUAAAUAUAUAGAGCAUG